AGGCAGGUGAGGCCCUAGGGUGAGCCCAAGGUGUCCAUGUGUGACCUCUCCUCACCACCCACCUUGUCCCUGCAGCCUCCUGCCACCCCAGCAGGGCUGAGCAGGACCCAGUGCCUGGGUCGAGGUGGGCAUCUCCUGGGGACCAGCUGCCAGUAUGUGCCCGAUGUCACCCUCAUCUCCUUCCUGCUCUUCGGGGGCACCUUCCUCUUCUGCAUCGCACUCAAGCGCUUCAGGAGCAGCCGCUACUUCCCUGUGGGGGUGCGGAAGCUGGUGAGCGACUUCGCUGUCAUCCUGGCCAUCCUCGCCUCCUGCGCUGUCGAUGCUGUCCUGGGCCUGGAGACCCCCAAGCUCCUUGUCCCCAGCGAGCUGAAGGUGCCAGCAGGAUGGGCACAGCACUGUCAGGGUGUGGGUCUGUGCCCACUGCAGUAGCCAUCCCCCUGUGCUGUCACUGUCCUCCUCAUCACUGGCUCCAGCCCUACAGGGGUGCAGGCUGCACCCCAGCAAAUGAGAAAGGGUUGAACACAGCUGAUCCCAUGCACUGUAAAUAACCUGGCUCAGACCUGGACUGUACAGAUCACACUGGAGCAAGGGCCAUAAGCUCAGUUCCAGGCUUAGGCUACUCACCCUGGUUGUGGAGCGGGGCUGGCAGCACCCCAGAGCAGCCACCACCACCUCCUCGGGCUCACCACCAUCACUGCCCAAUGCCACCUCUUCCACGUGCUGUCACAGGCACAUGCCAGCUUCUGGCUUGUGGCGUCCAAGGACAACACCCUGCUCUGUCACAGCCAGGUUGUCCUUGUGGGGGGCUGGUGGGUCAGCAGCAUCCCCAGGAUGAGUGAGGAUGCUCUUGCACCCCCGAGGUGGGGCGUCCCUGGGUACCUGUAGGGCUCCAGUCUGGGCACCUGGGGCACCAUCACCCAACUGCACUGCACACCCCACAAGUGGGCGGCAGCUGCCAUGACCCUUCUGCUCUCCACAGCCCACAAACCCAGCACGGGGCUGGAUCAUUUUCCCCUUUGGA